AUUAUGCGUGGUUCAAUAAUUAACUGCUGUACUGUGUGUAAACCUAUAGCCUGGGUACGCGUGUGACAAAGUGCAAACACUGGGCAACAUCGCGCAAGACUGUAUGGCUGUAGAAAAAGGGUGACUGCAUUAUGGAGGAUCGAGCAACAUAGGUAACCUGUACACAGUUCACGGCACGGUAUUGUGUGAUGUCAACUUGAAUGGAAAAACACCGAACCGGACACUACACGAAUUGACGCUUUCCACUUGUCGAUAAUACACAGACCUCACAUCGGAUCAUUCAGCAAUACUAUAGUGUUGGCAAGUUGGACAGUUUCUCGCCAUUACAGAUUUGUUUCGCCGAGUUCCAGUCCAUAAAUAAGUACCUGCAAACAGACUUUAAAAAAAACAGCAAUAGAUUGGUCGAGACCGAGCUUCUGUCGAUCGACUCUAACAGUGGGCCUUGGGGAUAGACUCGUGGUAUAGGCAGGUUUAAGAGACUUGCUCCUCAAGCCUGACUUGGAGAAGCCAAACGAUGGAGACUGCAGGUAAUUCACAGGAAGUUCUCAUUUCAGAAAGUCAAAGUAUCGAUACUAUUACGGAGGAGAAUCAAAGCAGCAUGACGUCAUUAGCUCAGUCAAAUCCGGGAGGAUCAUUGUCUUAUGAUCGACUCCUCGAUCCGACCAAAACCGAGGAAUCGAAGCAUCGAAAUGGAAGUGACUGGGGAAGUCCUCAGGUGAAGUUCGACAAUGGUCAGCACACAGCCAGGAACGAGGCAAAUACUGAUCCGUGCAAUAACAUUGAGGAACUGGGAAAUGGCCGGCCCAGGACUCCCUCAGCGAUGGAAGAUGGAAUACCGGAGAUGUUUCCAAGAGAUGCUGACGUAUUACCUACCGCCAUCUUGGUUUCGUGUUGCUGUCCGGUAUGCGGUUGCGUGGCCAUUUCAUUGGCUUCCAAGGCGCGUCGUUUACGGCAAGCCGGUAAGUACCAUGCCUCAGCCCAGGCCACGGAGGCCUCCACCUGGUGGGCGUGGUCAGCCGCUCUCUCUGGCUGCUUCAUCCUUCUCGGGCUUGCUCUCUCGGUCAUGAUAUUCCUCCUGAUGAAGUAUAUUUAGCUGGCAAGACACACUCACCCAGCUCAAGUCAGGAGGCUAGUCAUGGUAAACAAGACACACGAACGCUAUGAGCUCUAUGGUUUUCGGCUAUGCAAGAUGGACGAAACCGGCGACAGUACUUAAGCUGCUUGAGGGCGCCCUAGACCUAAGAUUUUUAAACCAUUGCGUUGUUCUGUCGGUUGAGUGCAUAUGAUUGAAUUCACAGAAAAAUAAUGAAGAAUUAUUCGUCCAAAUGAAAUUAUUCUUUAAACUCAGUUAUUAAACCAUAAUUACUAUGGCCAGUUAAUUUUGUGUUUAUAUUUAAAUAGCAGCACGGACACUGCAAUCAACAUUCCUCGCAAUCCACGCCCCCCCCCUGAAAAAAAGAAAGAAAAACACAAUGUAAGGAUGGCAUUUUAACAAUAUUUUGGUAAAAACUCAAAAUAUGUGAGUUUGUAUGACGUCAUUGAAGCGUAAAGCGAUCGAAGGUGGCUUAGAAAGACAUUUUAUAACACUUUAUAUAACUAUAAAAUCCCUGCAGCAUUGACGGUUAUGAAAGUGCGACACUGUUGUUACAAGAAUUUCCGUAAACUAAUACAACAGGUUUUGGGUUGUUGUAAUAUUGAACCAAAUAAAUGCUUAAGCAUAAUGGCCGAAUACUAAAAUUAGGCAUUUAAAAUGUGUUAAAUAUACAUGGAUAUUCAUUUUUUUGCAUAACACUACAGAAUGACUGACGUCAACCUUUCAAUAGGAAAAAAGGAGCAGUAAACUCGUAUUUGAAUCGUGAGGGAUUAAAAUCAUAAUCAAAAUCCGAUUAAAAAAAACCCUUCCAAAAGUGCUCUGAAUUAUUUAAACUUACUUGGUUUUAGCUUCGUAAUUGAAACGUCUUUGUAAAUAAAAUUAAUGAUUGGUUUGUAUAUAAGUCA